AUGGCUCCGCAAGCCUUCAAAUCUAACGAAAUACGUCGUCGCUUCUUGAGCCAAAGGUCUAUCUCUGAUGUGCAUGAAGAGAAUUUUAAAUCGCAGCAGAAUUUGUACUCUUCUGGAUCGAACAUUCCUGACUACGAAAAGAGAAAGACCAAAAUCUGCCAUGAAAGUCGUCCAUCGUUGAUGUCAUCCGCCAGCAACUGGGAGAACUUCUCGGGCUUUAUCAACUUGCUCAAAGUAAUGCUUUUGUUCGCCAAUGUAAGACUGUUUGUGGAGAAUCUUGUGACAUUUGGAUUUCGAAUUCAUGUACUGCCUUCUUUCUGGGAGUUAGCAAAGGACCCAAUGCAUUGGACUAACACCUGGAUAUUUAUCGAGAUCAACCUCUUCGCGUUGGUCAGUCUGCACAUCGAGCGGCAAAUGGCACAGGGCAAUCUUUCUGAAUCAACUGGAAAAACUGCACAUGUAGUCAACUGUCUACUCAUCGUUAUUGCUCCUUGCAUUCAAGUUCUUCUGGCUCCGGAAAUGCCCAUUCCCUCGUUUAUCAGUAUAAUUUUCUCUAUCGUUUUUUUCCUCAAGAUGUGGUCAUAUGCACAGGCAAAUCGCUGGUACAGUGCUAAGUCAGCUACAGUAACAAGCGAAAACGCGAAACAAAAUCGAAAAAGAAAACGACGGUUCUCAAUGCCAACAGCUACUGGUGAUAAUGAUCAACAAGUUGAAAUGAUGUAUCCGAAUAAUCUGACUACCGCGAAUCUGUAUUAUUUUAUCCUGGCGCCGACCUUGUGCUAUGAAAUGGAAUACCCACGAACCGAGAAAGUCCGUCCUUAUUUUCUUUUCAAGCGGCUGUUUGAAACUCUCUUUCUAUUCUGGCUCAUGAUUGCGCUUAUCCAGCAGUGGCUGAUGCCACAUAUGGACAGAGCUGCUGUUGAUGGAUCAGAAAGUCCUCAAAAGUUUCUUUAUCAUCUUCUCGCCAUGUCCGUGUCUAACAACAUUGUCUGGUUCUGCGCUUUCUUCCUGAUUUUUCAUUCCUGGCUCAACUUUCUUGCCGAGUUGCUUCGAUUUGGCGAUCGCGAAUUUUACCGCGACUGGUGGAACGCUACGGACGUGCAGUACUUUUGGCAAGCUUGGAAUAUUCCUGUGCACAAAUGGUGUGUUCGCCAUCUCUACAAACCUCUUCUUCGUGCAGGCUGCUCAAAAGCGAUGACCGCUUGCGCAGUUUUCCUGUUCUCUGCCGUAAUGCACGAGCUUUUCAUCUCUGUUCCUCUUCAAAGACUUCGAUUCUACUCCUUCUUUGGGAUGAUCACACAAAUCCCGAUGCAGCCAAUCACUACUUUCAUCGGAGAAAAGCUGGGACCAAGCUACGGAAACAUGCUCGUGUGGACUCAAAUUAUCAUCGGCCAACCCCUCGGCGUGCUCGCUUACGUCGUCGACUACCACAGCUAG